ACUCUAAAAUUUGAAGACCUUGUAAAGAAAAUCCAACACUCGGCCGUCUCUGUUAUUAGGUCUCUGGAAGCAUAUGGAUUCCACAAAGAUUGAAAUUCCUUCGUAUUUCUUGUGUCCGAUAUCGAUGCAGCUCAUGAAAGACCCUGUCACGCUAUGCACCGGUGCGACCUACGACCGACACAGCAUUGAGAAGUGGAUGUUUACAUUGGAAAACAAAAGCUGCCCUCUCACAAAGCAACCCCUUCCCAACACUGAGCUCACACCCAACCACACACUGCGACGCCUCAUCCAACAAUGGUGCGUCCUCAACUCCUCCGCUGGCGUCCAACGGAUCUCCACGCCCCGGCCGCCACUCGACGCAGAUCGGCUCAAUAAAUUACUUCUAGACAUGGAGUCAUUUCAAUUGAAGGCGUUGAAAAAGCUCAGAUCUGUGGCCAGUGACAGCGAGAGCAACAGGCGGCUCAUCGCUUCCUCCGCCGCUCCAGCUGCCCUAAUCUCUGUCAUUGAGAGCUACGAAGAGGGAUGCUGCUACGAAGUUGCGACGGCCUGCGAGGAAGCCUUGGGAAUUCUUUAUUCUCUUCCCUUGCUGGAGGAGUCGCUAGAUUCGGUUGCCACAAGUAAGUGCGUCGCCUCUCUAGCCUCCAUUCUUAAGAGGGGCACCUCCAAUGCCCGGUUUCAUGCCGCCAUGCUCUUACAGACGGUGUCAAGGAAAGGCCUGGGGCGGCUCGUUAUGAACGCCAACGGUGACUUAAUAGAAGGACUUUUGGAAGUGCUGACAGACGCGGUGUGCCACAAGGCAACUGUAGCCGCCCUUGAAAUGCUGACUGCAAUCGCCUCCGACAGCCGGCGCAGCAGAAUGAAAGUCGUCCAGGCAGGGUCAGUCUCCGUGUUGAUUGAAUCCCUCCCCGAUCAGACUCCCGAGAGGAAAAGCAGCUGCGAGAGGAUGUUAUGUCUUCUCGACGUGUUAUGUGAAUGCGCAGAAGGAAGGGCUGCCCUGGCCAGCCACGCAAUGGGCAUCCCUGUAGUGUCUAAGAAAAUUAUGAGAGUCUCCAACUUGGCAACGGAAAAAGCCGUUCGAAUCAUGUGGUUGCUUUGUAAAUUCGCUCCUUGUAAGCGAGUAAUUGAUGAAAUGUUGCAGAUUGGUGCAGUCACCAAACUGUGCUUGCUCCUGCAAUGCGAAUGCACGGCGAAGACCAAAAGUAAGGUAAAGGAGAUGCUCAAAUUGCACUGGAAGAGCACUUCUUGCAUUUCCUUCGUAAAUCUUCGAGAGUAAAUAACAUACCCCCAAUUCACUGUAAAAACCAUUUGUGUUAUACAUUUUGGAUGACUCAUUUUCAGCUUUGCGAGAUAAUUGCAUUUAGCAGAGGCAUUCUUUUAUCAUAUAAUAUGCUCGUUGCCCUCUCCGCGUUAUAGUGAUGGAGCAGCAGAUACCAGAGAAAUUAAAACCACUGCAGUGGAAAUAGAGCGUAAUGGCUAUUCUUAAAAGCAAUCGAAUAUUCGUUGAAGUUUUUUUUUU